UUGUUUAGAAAAGAUUGGAAAUAUCACUCGGUGAGCCAAACGCUUAGUCAACCAAGUGAGUUUCCUAUUAUUAUAUUAUUACUAACUAAUGGCAAUGCUUAAUGCUAGGACUUGGCUUUGUACAGCUAGAUCUAGGGUUGUUUAGUGGUUGAUUGGAAAUGUCACACGGUGAGCCGAACGGUUUUAACUAAUUAAAAUUUGGGGGCUCGGGUGGCUAAGUGAGUAGGCCCAGAUCUAGAUCUAGUGAGUUUAGACUCAACAGUAAUGUUAAGCAAAUGUCGGUGUUUGACACCGUUAACCAAACUGCCCCUCUGGGAUCCAUAAAAUUGCAAUUUAUAAAUUUAUCUCUUUAAUGGUUCACUUUGAAGUCUGUAUUCCAUGAGUAAGAAACGCGAGUGAUUCUUGAAUUAAAAAGUGGAGGCCUCGAACCGUCAUUUCAUUUUGGGAAAUUUUCUGCAGCUCGUCCGACACAAAAGCAUAGGCCUAGAUUUUUUGGCGAAUAACUUUCGAUCCCAUUUACUUUUAGCCUCGGUUCUCUAAACGUCAUUCUUCAUGAGGAGUGGUCCCGGCUUAACUCCUAAGAAAUAACACUCAGAGUUUGAAGUCGGAAACAAAAAUGGAGGUCGAGAAAAAAGCUGUCUUCAGUACUUUUUUGGGGGGGUUCGAUUUUCGAAUAUUUUCUACCUUAUUUUUUUUUCUUCAUCGGGUGGCAUUUUCAUCCUGGCAACUCAAGCCAGCUUUUUUAAUCGGCCUCCGUUUGUGUUUCCGAUUGCAAGUGUUAUUUCUAUGGUAUUAGGCCGGGACCACUAAUUCUCCCGAAGAGUGCCCUCUAAACGCGUGACAACCCCGUUUUGUCUUUUCGAGCAAUAGUUUUUCCAACGUUACAGAUUGGUGUGGAAGGGCACUUUUCUUGGGAGGCCGGAAUAAAAUAUUGCUCGAUAUGAGUCAGGCGGAACUAUUUUCUUACGGAUAUUGAUGUAAAUGGGACAAACUGAUACAAGACCGGGAACGGUACCUCGAUAACAAUCGGUUCCAUCUGUCCCAAGUCAUCCGUUAAAAAAGCGUGUCUUUUCAUUGGACGAGCUACAGCACGGGCCAAAAUAGUUUUUGGUGCGGACGGACAUCCCCGCACGGAACCUCAAUUUGUAAACCGACUGCGUCACUGUCGUUCUAUAGGUAUUAAUUUUAAAUAACGUUUCCAAGCCCUCUGACCUCGUAACCGUAACAAUUUUGGUCACGUCCGUUUUUCCCCUUCUCUUUCCCCAGAUCUCGGAAUCUUCGCGGACGCAUUAUCAUGUCUGGAGAGGAACAGCCCCAGCCGUUUGCCAGCGACGAGGAGAUGUAUCAUGUCUGGAGAGGAGCAGCCCCAGCCGUUUGCCAGCGACGAGGAGACGUAUCAUGUCUGGAGAGGAGCAGCCCCAGCCGUUUGCCAGCGACGAGGAGACGAUCUCGGAAUCUUCGCGGACGCAGUAUCAUGUCUGGAGAGGAACAGCCCCAGCCGUUUGCCAGCGACGAGGAGAUGAACUCGGAGUCUUCGCGGGCACCAGACGGAGCCAGGCAUAUCUUGCCCAUAAUCAUAGAGGAGCCAGAGCCUAUUUCUAGUGACGAGGAGAUGAGUUUCCUCGACGUGACCCUGAGCCUGGCUUCUAAGGGAACGACAAAGUAUUCCAAUAUGGGAAAUGAGACUAGUUGAUGCAUGUGUGUGUAGUUUGUGUCUUUGUUCUUAUUUAGCUUGAUAAGACGCCUCAGUUGAUGCUUUUGACGUUAAAGAGCGGGCCAGUCUCCGUAGGAUUUAAUAGUCCCUUCAGCUUCCUGCUUCCGUAUCUGUGGCCAGUCCAGUUUGUCCGUGUGUCUCAUGCGUGGUCUGUUCCUAGCUUGAGACUGAGGCAGCAGUACCUUUGUGAGUGUGAGGGGGUUGGGGGUAAGGUG